AUGGCCAAGGUUAGAUACCUUCGUGCAGCUGUUUCGGGAUUUUAUCUCUGGGAAGCUGCAGUUCUGUUCAGUUUGGUAGUCACAAAGGAAACAGACAGUGCAAGAUCUCGUAGCAUGCCAAUGUCGCCAUCUGAUUUCCUGGAUAAAUUAAUGGGUAGGAUGUCAGGCUAUGAUGCAAGAAUCAGACCAAAUUUCAAAGGCCCUCCAGUUAAUGUCACAUGUAACAUAUUUAUAAACAGCUUUGGAUCCAUUGCAGAGACAACCAUGGAUUACCGAGUGAAUAUCUUUCUCCGUCAGAAUUGGAAUGAUCCACGCCUUGCAUAUAGUGAAUAUCCAGAUGACUCUUUGGAUUUAGAUCCAUCCAUGUUGGAUUCUAUUUGGAAACCUGAUUUGUUCUUUGCUAAUGAAAAAGGUGCCAACUUUCAUGAAGUUACAACAGACAACAAGUUGUUACGAAUUUUUAAAAAUGGAAAUGUUCUUUAUUCUAUCAGAUUGACUUUAAUACUGUCCUGUCCAAUGGAUCUCAAAAAUUUCCCAAUGGAUGUGCAAACAUGUAUAAUGCAGCUGGAAAGUUUUGGAUAUACAAUGAACGAUCUCAUUUUUGAAUGGCAAGAAAAGGGAGCUGUACAGGUAGCAGAAGGGCUCACUCUGCCACAGUUUCUGUUGAAAGAAGAGAAAGAUUUAUGUUAUUGCACCAAACAUUACAAUACAGGAAAGUUUACAUGCAUUGAAGUCCGAUUCCACCUUGAAAGGCAAAUGGGUUAUUAUCUCAUUCAAAUGUACAUACCGAGUCUCCUGAUUGUCAUUCUCUCCUGGGUGUCGUUUUGGAUCAAUAUGGAUGCAGCACCAGCCAGAGUGGCUUUAGGUAUAACAACUGUACUGACCAUGACAACACAAAGUUCAGGUUCACGAGCAUCACUUCCAAAGGUUUCAUAUGUCAAAGCUAUCGACAUUUGGAUGGCAGUAUGCCUGCUCUUUGUAUUUUCUGCACUUCUGGAGUAUGCAGCUGUAAAUUUUGUGUCAAGGCAGCAUAAAGAGCUUCUGAGAUUCCGCCGGAAGAGGAAGAAGAACAAGGACGAUGAGGUAAGGGAAAGUCGAUUCAGUUUUACAGCCUAUGGAGUGGGACCAUGUCUGCAAGGAAAAGAUGGAGUGACUCCAAAGGGGCCAAAUAAUCCCAUUCAAGCUGCACCAAAAAGCCUCGAUGAAAUGAGGAAGGUAUUCAUUGACCGAGCCAAGAAAAUUGAUACCAUUUCCAGAGCUUGCUUCCCAUUAGCCUUUCUGAUUUUCAACAUUUUUUAUUGGGUUAUCUAUAAAAUCAUUAGGCAUGAGGACAUUCACCAAUAA